CACACACACACACACACACACACACACACACACACACACACACACACACACACACACUUAAAGUAUGCUUCUCACUCUCAUUCUUGCGUCCUUCUACGGAAGCCCGACCAAUCCGUUGAUUUCUACGCACAGUGCAUGCUGGGUAGUCGUGAGUACUGAUCGAUUGAUUCAUCCGUUCAUCUAUAGAUUUCAUAUUCUACUCGCAGAUGGACAUGGGGAGCCAGUUUAUGGACUCGUAUUCGUUCCACUCCAUUUGGAUCCUAUCCAAUCCAAUUUUAGUCUCGUCCCUACGGCAUUAAAAGUUGACUUUGCACUUUCGGUGGUAGACGAGAACCCAGUUCACCUCCUGCCUCUUGUGACAUUGAUUACCGGUGCAUUGAUAUGUCUCAGUCCAAAGGUUUCAAACCGCAGCAAAAUCAAUCAAAUCGUUCCUGAGUUCCGAGUUUGCUUGUCUCGCUGGGAGAGUGGGUAGGACGCCGAAGAUG